CCUUGACACCGGUGACGUUGCAUCAGUAGAAGCAGCAGCAUCCGGAUGCUAGUGAAGUUAGUGAAGUUGUGUUACUCUUCUCUUCAUAGUUGAAUCAGUGUCAGUCAGUGACCGCGUGCAGAAGAUGCAGCAGGACACGUUGUUGCACGCGGCCAAUGUGAGCACGCUCUUCGUGUGUAUGGUUCUCAAAUUCCCGCAGAUGUUCGUGCUGAUGCGAGCCAAGACAUCGCGUGGAGUCAGUCUCAACAGUCUGCUGCUGGAGCUCACCGGGUUCAUUGUUUUUGUAACGUACCAGAUGUACUAUGACUACCCGCCACCGACGUACCUGGAGUACCCGAUCCUCAUCGCCCAAGAUGUCUUCCUGCUGCUCCUCAUUCUUCACUACAACGGCAGCCUGAAGCAGAGCCUCAUCUACAUCCUGGUGUUUGUCGCAGGUUGGCGGCUCCUCACUGUGGAGAAGUGGAUCAUAGAUUUGGCCAUGAGCCUGUGCACACUCAUCAGUGCAGCCAGUAAAUUUGCCCAGCUGCAGUGUCUGUGGCGCUCUAAGGACGCCGGGCAGAUCAGCGCCCUCACCUGGGGAAUGGCCACCUACACGUGUAUGGCGCGGAUCUACACCACCACAGUGUCAACAGGAGACGCGCAGGUUCUAGUGCGGUUCAUCACCAUGACCUUUUUGAACCUGUGGGUGACGCUGACUGUGCUUUACUACCAAAAACACAGCAGAAGCUCCAAGAAGGAAGAGUAAGCUGGUGGUGGAGCACCGUCCUGGGGCCGAUGACGUUUAGCAGGGUUUCAGGUUUACUUUGGCCACAAAGAAAAACUGACGGGCAACUAUGAUUCUGUCAGAUAAUGUGUAUUUUUUUUUAACUCAGUAUUAAAUCCACAUGCUUUUAAUACAUUCCAAGUCCUGUCAGAGCAGAGAUCAAUGUUUUUUUAAUACUGUAAGUGUUAAAAAAAAAUGUAGUUAGGUUAAAUUUAGCACAAGCCAAGAAUAUCCAAGGUCUUCCCGCUCAGGUUGAAAAAAUACUGUAUUUUGAAUAUUGUAUUUUUU